GUCAUGUGAUUAGCUCACGGAUGUGAUCGGUUUGUCUCCCGAGCAGCAGCUAAAAUAAACCGACUCAAGAGAGAGUCCGUGUGGGUUUUUAUCGCGGAGGGAAACCUUCAUCGUCGCGCGUUUGUCCCGGAGGAAAUGUUUCAGUAGGACACGUUUAUUUUCUGACACGUCUCAAUAAUGUCGGGGAACAACCUGGUUUUACCCAUAGUGCUGUGGGGCCGCACAGCUCCCACCCACUGCAUCAGCAGUCUGCUGGUGAUGGACGACUUCAGCACCAUCAUCACCGGCUGCCACGAUGGACAGAUCUGUCUGUGGGACAUGACGCCAGAGCUGGAGAUUUGUCCCAGAGCCAUGUUGUUUGGACACACGGCGUCCAUCACGUGUCUCUCUAAAGCCAGCGCGUGCGGUGAUAAGCAGUACAUGGUCAGCGCGUCAGAGAGCGGGGAGAUGUGUUUAUGGGAUGUUAACGACGGACGCUGCAUUGAGUUCACAAAGCUGGCCUGUGCUCACACUGGCAUACAGUUCUAUCAGUUCACCAUCGGCACACAAAGGGAGGGACGACUGCUCUGUAACGGCCAUUACCCAGAAAUCCUAGUGGUGGACGCGACCAGCCUGGAGGUCCUGUACUCGCUGGUGUCCAAGAUCCUGCCCGACUGGAUCAGCUCCAUGAGCAUCAUCCGCUCCCACCGCACGCAAGAGGACACGGUGGUGGCGGUGUCAGUGACCGGGAUUCUGAAGGUGUGGAUCAUCACAGCUGAGGUCAGCAAGAUGCAGGACAUGGACCCCGUGUUUGAAGAAGAGUCCAAACCCAUCUACUGUCAGGGCUGCCAGAGCAUUUCCUUCUGCACCUUCACUCAGAGCAGCCUGCUGGUCGUCUGCUCCAAGUACUGGAGGGUGUUUGACGCGGGCGACUACUCGCUGCUCUGCUCGGUGCCCAGUGACACUGACCAGGUCUGGACCGGCGGAGAGUUCAUCGCCGCAGACAAAGUCAUCAUCUGGACCGAGGACGGCUGCAGCUACAUCUACAAGCUGCCCGCCAGUUGUCUUCCUGCUAGUGAACAUUUCCGCAGCGAUGUUGGGAAAACCAAAGAGGGUUCGAUCCCUCCUCUGGUGUACAGCAUCGCCAGCCGCUCAGACAAACAGCUCUUAAUCUGUCCUCCAGUGACUCGGUUCUUCUUCGGCCGUCGGGAGCCGUUUCACAAACUGCUGAUUCAGGGAGACUCGUCAGGUCGACUGUCGCUGUGGAGCAUCCCAGAAUCUUCACCUCUGCAGCCGCCGUCCAUCCCUGCUGCUCCUGCUGCUGCUGAGCUGCCGGCGUCGACCACCGUCAGCCUCCAGGAGGCGUUUGAUAAACUCACCCCAGUGUCUGCUGGAAUCAUCGACCAGCUCAGUGUUCUGCCCGGCAAAGAAGAACCAGUCAAGGUGACGGCCAGCGUCUACAUCCCCUCUCAAGGUCGUCUGGUGUGCGGCAGAGAAGACGGCAGCAUCAUCCUGGUUCCUGCCACGCAGACCGCCAUCGUUCAGCUGCUGCAGGGAGAGCACAUGCUCCGCAGAGGCUGGCCGCCUCACCGUACGCUGCGCGGUCACAGGAACAAGGUGACGUGCGUCUUGUAUCCGUACCAGAUCUCCCCGCGCUACGACCAGCGCUCGCUGGUGUCCGGCGGUGUGGACUUCUCCGUCAUCGUCUGGGACAUCUUCACCGGCGAGAUGAAGCACAUCUUCUGUGUGCACGGAGGGGAGAUCACUCAGCUCAUCAUCCCGCCGGAAAACUGCAGCACUCGCGUGCAGCACUGCGUCUGCUCGGUGGCCAGCGAUCACUCGGUCGGGCUGCUGAGCCUCAGAGAGAGGAAGUGCAUCAUGCUGGCGUCGCGCCACCUCUUCCCCAUCCAGGUCAUCAAGUGGCGUCCGGCCGACGACUACCUGGUGGUGGGAUGUUCUGACGGCUCCGUGUACGUGUGGCAGAUGGACACAGGCGCGCUGGACCGCUGCGUGAUGGGUAUAACGGCGGUGGAGAUCCUGAACGCCUGUGACGAGCUGGCGCCGGCCACCGUGGAUGCUCUGAGUCACUCGGCUGUGAACCUGAAGCAGGCGAUGACUCGCCGCAGCCUGGCGGCGCUGAAGAACAUGGCCCAGCACAAGCUGCAGACGCUCGCCACCAACCUGCUCGCUGCCGACAACGCCGACAAGGGCAACCUGCCAAAAUACUCCCACAAUGCCCUGGUGGUGCAGUCGAUGAAGACCAACCUGACGGACCCGGACAUGCACGUGCUGUUCUUCGACGUGGAAGCCGUGAUCAUCCAGCUGCUGACGGAGGAAGCCCAGAGACCCAACCCCAUGCUGGUGUCUCCAGAGUCGCUGCAGAAGAGUCAGGCCGGGGCCGACAAGGGCGGCUCGUUCCUCGCCAACAAGAUCUUCAAACAGGUGAAGGAGACCAUGAAGGAGACCAUAAAGGAGCACCUGCUGGACGAGGACGAGGAGGAGGAGGAGGAGAUGAGGCGGCGCGAGGAGAAGUCCAAGUCUCUGAGUCUGCUGGAGUACAACCUGACCAUGGACACGGCCAAGCUCUUCAUGUCCUGCCUGCACGCCUGGGGCCUCAACCAGCAGCUGGACGGCAUCUGCCUGGAGCGACUGGGCAUGCUCCGACCACACUGUCCCAUCUCUUUUGGCCUGAUCUCCAGAGGAGGUCACAUGUCCCUCAUGCUGCCCACCUUCAAGGAGUCCUUGCUGUACCAGUUGUCCCUGGCGACGGGCCGUAAGCUGACUCUGUCGGACAUCGUGGGGAAGGGGACGUACGGCGUGUCCAGGGCCGUCACCACGCAACACCUGCUGUCCGUCAUCUCGCUGGCCAACACGCUGAUGGGCAUGACCAACGCCACGUUCGUCGGGGAGCACAUGAAGAAAGCACCGGCCAGGCCUCCCAGACCAGGAGGAACCCCGGAGUCUCCUCGCAGGACGCCGGCUGUCCCGCCCCAGCCCUCCUGCCCGGCGCUACAGGCCCAGAUCAAACAAGCUGCUGUAGCCACCGCAGCCAACGCUGGUGCUGCCACUGUGGCUGGGGCUCGGGGGCCCCCCGGGGGCCUUCCCCAGGGGGCUCCUGGUUUUCCCAGCCCCGGCCCUGCUUCACAUAACAUCCCCUCAGUAAACGAAGGUUGGAGCCAGCUGGCAGCCAUGCACUGUGUGAUGCUCCCCGACCUCCUCGGCCUGGACAAGUACAGACCUCCUCUGCUGGAGAUGUUGGCGAGGAGAUGGCAGGACCGCUGUCUGGAGGUACGAGAGGCAGCACAAGCUCUCCUGUUGGCCGAGUUGAGACGAAUCGGCCAAUCAGGACGCAAGGACACCAUCGACGCGUGGGCUCUGUACCUGCCUCAGUAUGUGGACAUGGUCAGCUCACCUGGGACAACCACAGAGUCCUCUCCUCAAGCUCCGCCCCCUCCUGAUGCCCAACCAGUGGAAACCAAGGCUCCUGAGGAGGAAAUGGACGUCACUGAUGAUGACAUCACAGCAGAUUUAACCGAGUGA